CGCGCGAGAGUUUGGAGAGGCGGGUUUAGGAUCAGUUUCCCGUGGGGGUUCGCAUGGCACCCUCCGAUCCCUGCUUAGGUCCCUAGUUCGGUGCGGACCGCUGGGCCAGGCAAUCCCCGGCCACCCUGGACCUGGCGGGCGCUGGAUCGCUCUGGAGAAACCGGGACAGCCUCGCUCCUCCCAGACAGCUGCUAGGGCUGGGAGCCACAAAAAGUGAGAGUCCGGCUGCUUUCCUGAGCCACGGCGGCGGCCGUGGGAGCAGAGGUGGAGCGACCCCAUUACGCUAAAGAUGAAAGGCUGGGGUUGGCUGGCCCUACUUUCGGGGGUCCUGCUGGGAACUGCUUGGGCUCGAAGGAGCCAGGAUCUACACUGUGGAGCUUGCAGGGCUCUGGUGGAUGAAUUAGAGUGGGAAAUUGCCCGGGUGGACCCCAAGAAGACCAUUCAGAUGGGAUCCUUCCGGAUCAAUCCAGACGGCAGCCAGUCAGUUGUAGAGGUACCUUAUGCCCGCUCAGAGGCCCACCUCACAGAGUUGCUCGAGGAAGUGUGUGACCGCAUGAAGGAGUAUGGGGAACAGAUUGACCCUUCCACCCACCGCAAGAACUACGUCCGUGUUGUGAGCCGGAACGGAGAGUCCAGUGAGCUAGACUUACAGGGCAUCCGAAUCGACGCAGAUAUCAGUGGCACCCUCAAGUUUGCGUGUGAGAGCAUCGUGGAGGAGUACGAAGAUGAACUUCUUGAGUUCUUUUCCCGAGAAUCUGACAACGUUAAAGACAAACUUUGCAGUAAGCGAACAGAUCUUUGUGACCAUGCCCUGCAGAGAUCUCAUGACGAACUAUGAAUCACUGGAGCAGCUGAGACCAACUUGACAGAACACCCCCAGGAGGGAACGAUGGCGGCAUUGCCUUUUAUAUUAUGUUUUUAUGGAAAUGAACUGAAAGAAUGUCUGGAACCAAAACUACAAACUGUGUUGUCUUUUUAUGCCCAAAUUUAGCCUUUAUGUUAGGUUUGGAGGUAGGGGAUUGCAGAGAGACAGAAAAAGGAGGGGUAGAGUAUAGGGAUUGGGAUAGCAUAAAGUUAGGCCCUGGCCCUUUAAUUCUUGUCUUCUGGGAUCCUGUCCCAUCUCUAAAGCAUAGGUACUCAGUGUUGUGUGUGGUCACUAUGGCACUGUGAAGAAAAGAAGCAGCUGUGUGAGCUGAGGAACGUAACAGGUUGUAGGGAGUCCUUGUGUUUGUGCUGAGAAGAUGUUGGAGGUGGGAGUUCAGAAUUGGUCUAGAAGGAAAUAAUGGAGACAGACUACUAUUCUUCCCUCUGCCCUUCUAGAUGGAGGGACCAGCAGGAGCAGAGACAGGAAGGGGAAAAUGGAUGUGACCAGCUCAGCUGAAAAACAGGGCUUUCUCCGAUAGGGACAGAGGAGGUAAGGCGUGUUGCGUAAUGAAAGGCCUUACUUGCUAGCCCUAAGUUUUGGGUUUGAUGCGAACAACAGCAAUUAAAGUGUAUCUUUCUUUUGCAUGAGA